GACUCUGACUGACAUUGAAAAACAAACUGAGUUUGACGUUUUAAUUAGUCGUAAAAACAUUGAAGAAAACUGAAUUUUCCGUCUACUCUUUUACAUUAUUAUGCUAUUUUAGUCCGUAUUGCUUAUUAUAAUUAUGGAUAUAACUUCACCUGUCUGCAAGCCGAGCAAUCUCGCUCCAAAUGUCGCUGUAAACGCAGUUUUGCUGCCAAGUCAAGAGCUGCCUGCUGAAACACCCAUCGUCUCAGGUUACGAUUGGGAAAAUGGAACCGAUUACAACAAAAUACUCGAGAGCUUCACCAGAUCAGGUUUCCAAGCCACAAACUUCGGAAACGCUGUCCAAGAAAUCAACAAAAUGCUAAAAUGUCGCUCUGUACCGUUAACUGAAGAAACUAGUGACCCCUACGAAGAAGAUAUAUUUAUAAAGAAGAAGACGAACUGCACUAUAUUUCUGGGAUACACUUCUAACAUGAUAUCGUCGGGACUGCGUGAUACGCUGCGCUUUUUGGUGAAGAACAAGCUGGUAGACUGUGUGGUCACAACUGCUGGUGGGAUAGAAGAAGAUUUUAUAAAAUGCCUCGCGCCCACAUAUGUUGGUGACUUCAAUUUGAGCGGGAAAAUGUUGAGAACUCGCGGCAUUAACAGGAUUGGUAACUUAUUAGUGCCAAAUGAUAAUUAUUGUAAGUUCGAGGAGUGGGUCACACCAUUACUGAAUGAAAUGCUAGAUGAGCAGAUGCAAAAUGGUACUGUCUGGUCUCCUUCACGGAUUAUAGCUAGACUAGGCGAGAAGAUAAAUGAUGAGAGCUCAGUAUGCUACUGGGCUUGGAGGAACAACAUCCCAAUAUUCAGUCCUGCGUUAACCGACGGCUCUUUAGGAGACAUGAUGUAUUUCCACUCAUACAAGCGGCCAGGACUUAUCAUAGAUAUUUUAGGUGAUCUAAGGAGGCUGAAUACAAUGGCUGUCAAGGCCAACAAUACGGGUAUGAUUAUAUUAGGAGGUGGUGUGAUUAAACACCACAUUUGUAAUGCAAACUUAAUGAGGAAUGGAGCUGAUUUUGCAGUAUACAUAAAUACUGCUAGUGAGUUUGAUGGAAGUGACGCUGGUGCAAGGCCUGAUGAAGCCGUAUCUUGGGGCAAGAUCAGACCAAAUGCAACGCCGGUAAAACUGUAUGCGGAUGCAACUUUAGUUUUUCCGCUGAUUGUCGGGCAGACCUUUGCAAAGUAUCACUUUAGCAAUAAAAAGAAUGUUUAAUUUUA